UGACAGCCCAUCAGAAGUCACCGGAUGUCCUCUGAUGCAUCAUCUCAUGUGAUCCAAUCACACUCCUGUGUCUGCUGCCUUCAACUCAACUGCUUCCGGAUCCACAGAGAGUUCGCCUGUGCUGCACACAGAGCCAGGACUAUCUGCAAAGGAGGGGUGCUGUCUGUCCUGUUGAGCUCCUCCUGGUGUGUGUGUCGGGUGUGUGUGUAUGCACCAUGGCGAGCCUCCUGCGUGUUGUGGCGGCCAGCUGCUCAGCCCCUGUGUUCAGCGGUGUUUCCUGUGUGAAGCUGCAGAGCGGCGGUGGUAUCAAAUCCUCAUGCCUUCGCUUUUUCAGGACCCAUCAAGCUCUGGGACGAUGUGCCAGUCCAGGUAUCGCGUACAAACAACUCACGGUCGGUGUACCCAAAGAAAUCUUCCUGAAUGAACGCCGUGUGGCGCUCUCUCCCGCCGGUGUCCAGGCACUCAUCAAACAGGGCUUCAACGUUGUGGUGGAGUCCGGAGCCGGAGAGCCUUCCAAGUUCGCUGAUGAACACUACACCCAGGCUGGAGCAACAAUCAAAGACAUUAAAGAUGUCUUGGCAUCUGAUGUCCUGGUUAAGGUUCGUGCUCCCAUUUUCAACCCUGACUUGGGUGUCCAUGAAGUGGAGAUGAUGAAGGAUGCGGCCACAUUAUUCAGCUUCAUCUACCCGGCUCAAAACCCUGAGCUGAUGGACAUGCUGUCCCAGAAGAAGGCCACCGUCCUGGCUAUGGACCAGGUGCCCCGAGUCACCAUCGCCCAGGGUUACGAUGCACUGAGCUCCAUGGCAAACAUCGCAGGGUACAAGGCAGUGGUGCUGGCAGCUAACAACUUUGGUCGCUUUUUCACUGGACAAAUCACAGCAGCUGGAAAAGUGCCACCUGCAAAGGUUCUGAUCAUUGGAGGUGGUGUGGCUGGAUUGGCAGCAGCUGGUUCUGCCAGGUCCAUGGGAGCCAUCGUCAGAGGAUUUGACACCAGAGCUGCAGCUUUGGAGCAGUUUAAAUCUCUGGGCGCAGAGCCGCUGGAGGUGGACUUCAAGGAGUCAGGAGAGGGUCAGGGAGGCUACGCCAAGACAAUGUCGAAGGAGUUCAUCGAGGCAGAGAUGAAGCUGUUUGCCAAGCAGUGUCUGGAGGUGGACAUUAUCAUCACCACUGCUCUUAUCCCAGGUAAGCGUUCACCCAUCCUGAUCACCAAAGCAAUGGUAGAGAGCAUGAAAGACGGGUCAGUGGUGGUGGACUUGGCCGCCGAGGCCGGAGGAAACAUUGAGACCACAGUACCCGGAGAGCUGUCGGUACACAAGGGAGUGACCCAUAUCGGCUUCACAGACCUGCCCAGCCGUUUGCCAACACAGUCCAGCACUCUGUACUCCAACAACAUCACUAAGUUGAUGCGGGCCGUCAGCCCCGGCACGGAGAACUUUUUCCUCGAUGUCAAGGAAGUGUUCGACUACGGGACCAUGGAUCACGUCGUCAGGGGAUCCGUUGUCAUGCAGGAUGGAAGGAACCUGUUCCCAGCUCCGCAGCCUAACAAUGUGCCCGUCGCAGCUCCUCCUAAACCCAAGUCCGUCCAGGAACUUGCGAAAGAGAAGGCUGCACAAGUCUCCCCCUUCAGCGCUACACUCACUACUGCUGGCGCGUACACUGGAGGCGCUGCCACCCUGCUGGGUCUGGGUCUGGCAGCUCCCAACGCCGCCUUCACUCAGAUCGUCACCACCUUCGGUCUGGCUGGCAUUGUGGGAUACCACACCGUGUGGGGAGUCACUCCUGCUCUGCACUCUCCACUCAUGUCUGUCACCAACGCCAUCUCAGGUCUGACGGCUGUGGGUGGUCUGUCCCUGAUGGGCGGCGGCCUCUCCCCAUCAACUACCGCUGAGACACUGGCUGUGCUGGCCGCCUUCAUCUCCUCGAUCAACAUUGCUGGUGGUUUCCUGGUGACUAAGAAGAUGUUGGACAUGUUCAAGCGUCCCACUGAUCCCCCAGAGCAUAACUACCUUUAUCUGCUUCCUGGUGGCGUCUUUGUCGGCGGCUAUGCUGCUGCCCUGCAGUCUGGAUACAACAUUGAACAGAUGAUGUACUUGGGCUCAGGUCUGUGCUGUGUCGGUGCCCUGGCUGGCCUUUCCAACCAGAAAACAGCCCGUCUGGGUAACGCUCUGGGUAUGAUGGGAGUCGCAGGAGGCGUCAUUGCCACUCUCGGUGCCCUCAAACCGAGCCCUGAGCUCCUGGCACAGAUGAGUGCAGCCAUGGCUGUAGGCGGCACUACUGGCCUGGCCAUUGCUAGGAAGAUCGAGAUCACUGACCUGCCCCAGCUGGUGGCUGCCUUCCACAGCUUGGUGGGUAUGGCCGCCGUGCUCACCUGCGUGGCCGAAUACAUGAUCGAGUACCCCCACUUCGCCACAGACCCCGCAGCCAACCUCACCAAGAUAGUUGCCUACAUCGGCACCUACAUCGGUGGAAUCACUUUCAGUGGCUCUUUGGUGGCAUAUGGCAAACUGCAAGGCGUUUUGAGCAGCGCUCCCCUGAUGCUCCCUGGUCGUCACGCUCUCAACGGCACUCUGAUGGCAGCCAGUAUUGGUGGGAUGAUUCCCUACAUGCUGGAUCCCAGUUUCACCACAGGCAUCACCUGUCUGGGAUCUGUCUCUGCUCUCUCCGCUGUCAUGGGUGUGACCUUGACAGCAGCUAUCGGAGGCGCUGACAUGCCGGUGGUCAUCACCGUGCUGAACAGUUACUCAGGCUGGGCGCUGUGUGCCGAGGGCUUCCUGCUCAACAACAACCUGCUGACCAUCGUCGGAGCUCUCAUCGGGUCGUCUGGAGCCAUUCUGUCAUACAUCAUGUGUGUGGCCAUGAAUCGAUCUCUGGCUAACGUGAUCUUGGGAGGCUUCGGCACGUCCUCCACCGGCUCAGGAAAGCCCAUGGAGAUCACGGGCACACACACCGAGGUCAACGUGGAUCAGACCGUAGACAUGAUUAAAGACUCCCAGAGCAUAAUCAUCACUCCAGGUUAUGGACUGUGUGCUGCGAAGGCCCAGUACCCCAUCGCUGAGUUGGUGAAGAUGCUUCAAGAGGCUGGCAAGCAUGUCAGGUUUGGUAUCCACCCCGUGGCCGGCCGUAUGCCCGGUCAACUCAACGUGCUGUUGGCUGAAGCUGGCGUCCCGUAUGAUAUUGUCCUGGAAAUGGACGAGAUUAAUGAAGACUUCUCUGAAACGGACCUUGUCCUGGUGAUCGGAGCCAAUGACACAGUAAACUCAGCCUCCCAGGAAGAUCCCAACUCUAUCAUUGCUGGUAUGCCGGUGCUGGAGGUCUGGAAGUCUAAGCAGGUGAUCGUGAUGAAACGUUCCCUGGGCGUCGGAUACGCAGCUGUCGACAACCCCAUCUUCUACAAGCCCAACACCGCGAUGUUGCUAGGCGACGCCAAGAAGACUUGUGACGCCCUGCAAGCCAAGGUCCGCGAGUCUCAGAGUCAGUAAGGCGGACACCUCCACAAAAAGAGCACACACGGAGCGAGGAGGGUCAAAAACAAUGAGUCACCAAAAAAUAUCUCCACAUUAAGAUGAUCUUUGUUCGAUUGUGACUAUUUGAGCAAAGAUGAUUUAAAAGGUUAUUGGCACACCCUUCCUGUCAUCUAUAAAUAAAAGAAAUUGUAAUGGUUGUAAAAAAAAUCAAUAUGCUUGUGCAGUAGGAUCCAAGCAAUGCAGAUAUUGUAGUUUGUCUAGGAAGGGUACGUCAACAAAUUUGCAUGUAGUAAUCUGGCGAGCAAGCAACUGUGUCAUCUUCAUUAUAGACGCCUAUAUUAAUGUAAAACAAUCAGAAAUGUAGAUGCAUUAAGAUGUUAGAUAAUGUUAAAUUUCAGUGUUAAGAUAUUUUAGGAAAUAGUCAAUAAUUGAAAGACAAUUUCAGAUGAAUAGGAAUUAAAAAGGAACAAAAGCAGAGAUAUAAAGAGAAAGAGGUAUGACAGACUUAGGCACUAACUAACGUUUUUCCACACCGAUAAGAGUUUUCACCCACGUUUCCUUUUAUUAUCGUAAGGUAAUUUGGUGUUCCCUUUUAUUUUCUCAAAUGCUAACGUACGUCGCACCUUCUUUUCCUGUCCAAGUAAAAAGAAAAAAAGCAGAAUAGCGCAACAUUUUUGUAAAGUUCUUUCAGUUCCAGUUUUAUACGGUAUUGAGAGAUUUUUGUAUUUGGUCUAAUAAUUAUCAUAAACCUAGAAAAUCACAUUUUUAGAAGCCAUAGCUUAAAGAAAUCUGGUCAUGCUAUUUGCUUUUUUUCUUUUAACUUAUGUGUCUUGUGACCUCCACCUACACUAUGCCUCUAGUGCAGCAAUCACACACGGACCCAAAAACAUUAAUAAAGAUCCAUUCAGACCUCGUCUAUCAAGCAUUUAACGCAAUAAACCAAAUGACACCACAGCGGUCAUGUAAUGCUGGUAAAGACUGCACUACUACCAACACACACACACUCUUGUAGCUCUGAAAGCUGAAUGGAUUUUAUGAUGUUUUUGAACCAGGUGCAUCACGUCAUCACCCUGUGUGGUUCUGGUGUUACAGUACAUAUGAUGAUGAUAGCCUUUACGGUAAAGAAGGGUGUGUUUUUUUUUCAGUGAACGUGGCUCCAUCCACUCCGAUAUGUGUGUCCUCAUUAUUUUUCUAGAGGAAAAUGAAGGAUCACUGUUUUGUAAACUAGGGCCAGAUGUUAACCUGACUGUUGUGCAAAGAGUCUCAAGCAACAUGACGCUUCUAAUUCAUUCAAUUUGUCGCCACAUUUCAGAAUACAUGUUUGUUAUUAUUAAGCAUUUCUUAAUUGGAAAUGUCCUUUUUUAUCCUUUGCCAUAAAUAUAAACUUGUGCCAUAACAUCCCAUUUUUACAAUCAAUCUGGAUAGAUUUCACAGCACAAAUAUAGAUGAAUUGCUGUAUUAGCACUUCUUGAAAGAUCACUGACAAAAUGACAAUAGCUCCCACUCUACACCUAACUAACUAAUAACUAAAAACACCAGAAAGGCCAUCAAGUUAGAAUUUUUGACUGAGGUUGGAUUGCUUCCUUCCUUUUUAUUACUUCACUUUACACAGUUUUGGUGGUCAUGAUACAGUAGAUUAAUUAGUUUUCUGGUACACGGUUUGAAGAACAUGAGGUGACAGGUUGGCAAUCUCCGUUGCUGUUAAAAUCUGUACAAGUACAAGUUAGUCGUUCUAGUUUCAUCCUGGGACCUGAUUACAUUGACCAUGACAACUAUCCUACCUCUCCAUAAAACGACCAACACCUUUCCAGAGGAGCCUCAUCUGACCAAUCACCUUUGACUGAAUCGACCACAGGGCGUCUUAACGGACCAGUCAUUUUCCUUCUUUCACAUCUGAUUUCAACCAGUCAGCUCUCAUGCAUCCUAAACCUGACCAAUCGCCUUCUGUUUUGUGUUCACAUCAUGUUUUUUAACCAUCAGACCUCAGUUGCUGGCUAGUUUACUGUAUGUUAUGCAAGUGUAGAGCUGCAUAUGUCAUUAGUGCUCAUGAGGGGUUAUUGUUCUUACAUGUCAAUUUACACAAACGCAGUCUUUAGGGACUAUUAGAUUGAGAUGUUUGCUUAAUAUUUGUUGCCAUUUUGAGGAAGUCAAAUCAAGGAAGCUGGAGAAUAUUACUAGUUUUGCCAAUGUGCCCCCCCUUAUGCCCGUUUUUGUCUUCUUAAGGAAAAUAUUUUUGUAAAGAGGCACCGUAUCUGUGCAGAGCAACAAUGGGGUUUUGAAGUUGUACAAUGUUUCGCCGUGUUAUAGGGAGAUGAAAUGAUGAAAUGUACUGUGAAUGUUCCCCCCCACCCCCCUUUUGUUUAUCAUGGAACAGUUUCAUCCCUAAUAAACCUGUAUUUACACUAGA